AGUAGGAGGAACCAUCAGUGACAUCAUGGCGCCAGACAAAAGGCCCCCCCGCCGGAUGACAGUGACGGAGGUGGAGGUGUUCCUGAGGGACCCCCCAGCUGGUUUCACCGUGGAGGAGGCCCCAGGUUCGGGUUACCGAGUCCGCAGCGACCCGGAGAAGGUCCUGGUGCUCAUCGAUGACUUCCAGGGCUGCAGAGGGAAAAUAGUUUUCCAGAACUCGCCAGGAAGGAAAGUGAAGAUGCACGAUCUGUGGGAGUACACCAGCAUGAGAAAGAGCCUCCUGUCCAAGAGGAUCUAUCUGCUGACCUCUGCCUGCCAGGAACACUUCUCAGCCGGCCACAGAAAGGCAGCGAAUGAAGUGAGAGUGCUGCAGCAGUACGUGGUGUCCAUCGACGGCAGCGACCCUCUGAUCAAGUGGCAGCUGGAGCGAGGCCUGGACUGGACCAUCUCUUCUGUGGCUGGAGAAAGCUACAGGGUGGAUAUCGACUUGGCCGAAACGCUUGAAAACUGGGCCGCAAAAAACAUCCACAUCGAAAGUGACAAACUACUCAAAGUGGAGCCCGUGUGGCGAGACGCCUCCUUCACCCUCAAGUACUACUCUGACGCCCUCUUUGAUUUCCCUCACUGGUUUGGCUUCAGCAAAAGGAACUUUAAGUUGAGACUGACAUGAUCCAGCAGCGGAGGAAGAUCUGGGAGAAAUCGAGAGUCUGCUCAGGGUUCGGUGGCGUUUCUAGAUCAACAGACGAUUGGUUCUAAUACCGAACUUCUCGGUGAAGGCCCAGUUCUACCUCGUUGGACGCAUGGGUCCAAAUGUUUCUUGUGCUCAGUGGAUGGAAACUACAGAUGAGGACUGGCAAAGAAUUUCUGAAUGACAUGAAGAUUAUAUAGGGAAAUUAUACGUUUAAAUAGAUUUGUUUGAAAGAGGUUUUCGUCAGUAAACACAUUUACAUCCUGAUUUGCACACGUUUGUAUUGUAUUGUACGUUGAAGAGGUUCCAGAGGAUUUUCUAUUUUUGACCAAACUCAAAUUCAAUAAAUGCUUUUACAAAACAAA